AAACGCUUCAAUGAAGGGGCCCUAGCAGCAAAUUUCAAUGCGUCAACACGACGAUGAACAUCGGCAAAAAUUACAAAAUGGCUGCCGAUCAGAAGAUGGAGGUGGACGACAAGUCUGUCCACCAUGAAGGAAUAAAACAGUACUACAUCAGCAAAAACGAGGAGUUGGAGCUUGUGGUGACAGAAAAAACACAGAAUUUAAGACGUCUAGCAGCUCAACGAAAUGAACUCAAUGCAAAAGUACGUAUGUUACGAGAGGAACUUCAGUUACUACAGGAGCAGGGAUCAUAUGUGGGAGAGGUUGUCAAAGCUAUGGACAAGAAAAAAGUUCUGGUCAAGGUACAUCCAGAAGGAAAAUUUGUUGUGGACUUGGACAAAAAUAUUGAUAUAAAUGACAUUACACCAAACUGCAGAGUCGCCCUGAGAAAUGACAGCUAUACACUCCACAAGAUCCUCCCUAAUAAGGUUGAUCCUCUUGUGAGCCUUAUGAUGGUGGAGAAGGUACCAGACUCCACAUAUGAGAUGGUCGGCGGUCUGGAUAAGCAGAUCAAAGAAAUUAAAGAGGUCAUUGAACUGCCGGUCAAGCAUCCAGAACUGUUUGAGGCCCUUGGUAUUGCUCAGCCAAAGGGAGUACUUCUAUAUGGUCCUCCAGGAACUGGAAAGACAUUACUGGCUCGUGCAGUGGCCCACCACACAGAGUGUACAUUCAUCCGAGUGUCUGGCUCAGAGCUUGUACAGAAGUUUAUUGGCGAGGGUUCCAGAAUGGUCAGAGAAUUAUUUGUGAUGGCAAGGGAACAUGCUCCAUCAAUCAUUUUCAUGGAUGAAAUUGAUUCCAUUGGAUCUUCAAGAUUAGAAGGAGGAUCAGGAGGUGACAGUGAGGUACAGAGAACUAUGUUGGAGUUACUGAACCAGUUAGACGGAUUUGAACCCAAACAGAACAUCAAGGUUAUCAUGGCAACUAACAGAAUAGAUAUUUUAGAUUCUGCUUUGCUACGACCAGGUAGAAUAGACAGAAAGAUUGAGUUUCCUCCACCAAACGAAGAAGCUAGGCUUGACAUCCUCAAAAUCCACUCUAGAAAGAUGAACUUAACCCGAGGAAUCAAUCUGCGGAAAAUCGCUGAGAUGAUGCCAGGAGCCUCUGGUGCUGAAGUGAAGGGUGUGUGUACGGAGGCUGGAAUGUAUGCUCUAAGGGAGAGAAGAGUUCAUGUCACACAAGAAGACUUUGAGCUAGCUGUUGCAAAGGUGAUGCAGAAGGACUCGGAGAAGAAUAUGUCCAUCAAGAAACAAUGGAAGUGAAUAAUUAGGGGAGACCAAUUUGACGAGAUGUGGUUACAGAGAAGAUGUGGCUGAAUAUGUGAUUUGUGAAAAGUUUCCAUAGAUUUCAUUGAUAUUCCCAAACUCAAGAUCAGUUGUCAUCAGAAUAGGGGCCACUUUCUCCAGAAGCAAUGAGUUGGUUUUUGUGGGAUUCUGUGUAGAAGUUUAUUAAUGCGGACAUACUGCAGUAGAGAAUAUUUCCAUUACUGCAGAUCCUGGGUCUAUUUGACAAAGUGUAAAGCAAAUUCAGCUUGGUAUGGCAUAAGAAAUACACAUGAAGUUAAGUUUCAGUUUUCAAUGAUUAUCACAUUUCAUAAAUGAAGAGUGCAUUUUCUUUAACGAAUAUCUGCUACCAUUGAUAGGAACCAUUCAUAGGCUAUAUUGAAGGAAAUGAAAGAGAGCUACUGCGAAAAAACAGAAUUUGUGUGUUGUAUGUUUGGAGAGUCGGGUGUGUGGAAUGAAGUGAGUCCGAGUGUGUAGCCAUACAAUAAGUAAAAUUUAAGUCACAUUUGAUCAAUUAAAGCUGAAACAGAGGCAAUCUGAACCUGAUGAAGGGUAGACUACCCUCAAAACUUAUAUUUAUAUUUCACUCUGAUAGAGUAGGGCGAUACCAAGUUAUUAUAGUGCUAUUUGGUUAAAUAAAAUCUAGUACAGGUAUUGCUCCAAGUCAUGUCAUUGAAUAAGUUAUGUUCUGUUGUCGGGUAUAGAUGCUGAAUGCAGAGAGAAAUUAAUAAAUUACACAGUCUGUUUUGUAAUUUAGAAA